AGUCUCGUUAUGACCAAAAUAAAAAUAAAAAUUUAACCCGAAACUAGAAGAAACUCGUGUGCUAAAAAACACGAGCGCGCCGCCAUGAUUUCUCUCCGGCCACAACCUCACGCCGCCGUGAAAUCCAAUAAACACCACUCUCUCCCUCUCUCUCCGGCGUCUCGUCUCUCCCAUUUCUCCCCGCCCCAUCUCUCCCGUUUCUCUCCCCCGCGCACCAAUCUCCGCCUCGUAAUCCGCGCCAUCGACGCCGCGCAGCCCUUCGACUAUGAGGCCCAUCUCUCCCAGCGCUUCAACAAGUCCACUAAACUCAAAAUCGCCAUCGUGGGUUUCGGUAAUUUCGGUCAAUUCUUGGCUAGAACAAUGGUUAAACAGGGCCACACUGUUCUUGCUCACUCUCGUUCUGAUUAUUCUGAAAAAGCAGCUGAAUUAGAUGUAUCUUUUUUUCAAUGUGCUGAUGAUCUUUGUGAAGAGCAUCCUGAUGUGAUUCUGUUGUGCACUUCUAUUAUUUCGACUGAAUCUGUUUUAAGGUCAUUGCCUUUACAACGAUUGAAAAGAAAUACUCUGUUUGUUGAUGUGCUUUCUGUUAAAGAGUUUCCGAAAAGUUUGUUUGUGCAAAUCUUGCCUCAAGAUUUCGAUAUUUUGUGCACUCACCCUAUGUUUGGUCCCGAGAGUGGAAAGGAGAGUUGGAAAGAUUUGUCCUUUGUGUAUGAUAAGGUUAGGAUUGGGAAAGAUGAGUCUAGGGCUUUGCGGUGUGAGAGGUUUCUUGAUAUUUUCAAGAAUGAGGGGUGUCGGAUGGUGGGAAUGAGUUGUGCUGAGCAUGAUAGGCAUGCUGCAGAAUCGCAGUUUAUAACGCAUACAAUGGGGAGGGUGUUGGAGAAAUUGAGUUUGGAUAGUACCCCGAUUAAUACUAAAGGGUACGAGACGUUGUUGAACUUGGUGGAGAAUACUGCAAGUGAUAGUUUUGAUUUGUAUUAUGGGUUGUUUAUGUAUAAUAAGAAUGCAAUGGAACAGUUGGAGAGGCUGGACUUGGCGUUUGAAUCUUUGAAGACCGAGUUGUUUGGGCAUUUACAUGAUGUGUUGAGGAAACAGUUGUUUGGGAAGGCGGAAGAGGGACUGGAGAGACCUGUCGAAAGACCACUGCUGCCUGAGUUGCCUCAAAAUGGGAGGGCAUUGAUCUCUCGUGCAGAAAACUUGAAUAAAGAAAACUGAUAAAUUUUGAAUCCUGGUAGUUUGUAUGGUUUUCACUUUUACCAUUUACAUUUCAUUUUAUUUUGUUUAAUGGGUAUGCAGUGUGUAACAAUAGUUGAAUUUGGAUUAUGGAUGGCUAUUUAAUUAUUUAA